AUGACCACACAAAUUAGACGAUCAGUUUCUAUGAAUAAACUUAAAGCAGGAAGAACCACUGCAGAUGGAAUUCCUAUUAAUUUUGAAGAUGAUAAAUUUAAAAAAUUAUGGGAUUAUUGUUCUAUGUAUUUGUCUAAAGAUGUCGAAACUAUUAAAAGACAAAUUGCAAACCAUUUAGAAUAUACAUUAGCAUGUAAUAGACUUGAUUUUAGACCAUAUGCUAUUUAUCAAGCUGCUGCUUAUUCAUUAAGAGACCGUAUGUUAGAAUUUUGGAAUGAUACUCAAUCAUAUUUUACUGAUGUUCAAACUAAACGAGUUUAUUAUAUGUCCAUUGAAUAUCUUAUUGGACGUUCUUUAAUGAAUUCUAUUUGUAAUUUGGACCUUGAAGCACCAUACACUGAUGCACUAAAAUUCUUUGGAUCUUCUAUGAAAGAAUUAUAUGAAUAUGAAGAAGAUGCUGCUCUUGGAUCUGAGAGACUUGGAAGACUUGCAGCAUGUUCCUUGAUCUCUUGCUACAUUAAAUUAUCCAGCAUGGGGAUAUGGUAUUAG